AUGCUUCUAGAGGAAGAGCCCGCGACGCUCAUCCGUCACACCGUGAAGAACUUCAACAUCUUUCCGGAUAAAGAAGCCGUCUCGCGCGUGAGCGAGUCUCUCUCUACUCUCCAGCAAGCCCGCGACCUACGCCUCCGCGAGGCCGAGAACUCAUUAAAGAAACUCUCCCGACAGCUCAACACCCUCUCCUCGCAGCACAACGAGCUUACGGGGUCGCACUCGUCCGCCGCGCACGCCUCGGAGAUCGCGCGCCUCGACACGCAAAAGUUCCGCACGGCCAAGGCCGCCUCGGACCUCGAGAUGGAGACGGAGCGCCUCGCCUCGCAGGCCGCCGACCUCGCCGCGCGCCUGCAGGAGCUCGAGCUCCAGGGCGACGACGGCGCGCCGCCGGGGGCCGCCGACCCCGUCGACGACGAGGUGCUGCUGCGCCUCAAGGUGUACCGGAGCCUGGGCAUCGAGCUCGAGCGCGACGAGAAGGACGGCGAGUGGUCCAAGGCCGUCAUACGCAACGACCGCAAGGGCGACGUGCACGUUGUCAACAUGGACAAGAAGUUCUCGCGCUUCUUUUACGCGAAUUACUUCUGGCAGACCCUUUAA